AUGUUAAUAACACUUAGCUCUACUAUUUUCCUGUUACCUCUAAUUUGAUUUUCCCCUUAUAAACGCUUAUGAUCACUAGUUCUAGCAUACAGUCUAGCUAUCGCAUUACUAAGCUUAAUGUGAUUGACUCACCCAAUGGAGACAGGAUGAACCUCUUUAAAUACUUAUAUAGCUAUUGACCCACUCUCAACCCCUCUCCUCGUGCUUACCUGUUGGCUUCUUCCUUUAAUGAUCUUAGCGAGUCAAAACCAUAUAUCAGCAGAACCUGUAAACCGCCAACGGACAUAUAUUUCCCUUCUUGUCUCCCUUCAGAUUUUUCUUAUUAUGGCUUUUGGAGCUACCGAAAUGAUUAUAUUUUAUGUAAUAUUUGAAGCCACUUUAAUUCCAACCCUUGUAAUCAUUACCCGAUGAGGUAACCAGACAGAACGACUAAACGCCGGAAUUUACUUUCUAUUCUAUACCUUGGCAGGUUCACUUCCCCUCUUAGUAGCCCUUCUUAUUCUUCAAAACUCGACAGGAUCUUUAUCUUUCUUAACCACUCAAUUUUUCCAACCUUUAGACAUAAAUUCCACUGCGAGUAAAUUAUGGUGGGCAGGGUGUUUGAUCGCCUUCCUAGUAAAGAUACCCUUAUAUGGUGCUCACCUUUGGUUACCCAAAGCUCAUGUAGAAGCCCCAAUUGCAGGUUCUAUAAUUCUUGCUGCAGUACUUCUUAAACUCGGUGGUUACGGAAUAAUGCGGAUUAUUACUAUUCUAGACCCCUUAACCAAACAGCUAAGCUACCCCUUUAUUGUUUUGGCCUUAUGAGGAGUAGUAAUGACAGGAUCUAUCUGUUUACGACAAACUGACCUAAAAUCUCUAAUUGCUUACUCCUCAGUAAGCCAUAUAGGACUAGUUGCAGCAGGUAUUUUAAUUCAAACUCCUUGGGGAUUCACUGGAGCACUAAUUCUUAUAAUUGCCCACGGUUUAACAUCGUCAGCACUUUUCUGUUUAGCUAACACUAAUUAUGAACGCACUCAUAGUCGGACCCUGCUACUAGCCCGAGGACUUCAAAUGAUUUUGCCAUUAUUAGCCUCAUGAUGAUUUAUUUCUACUCUUGCUAAUUUAGCUUUACCCCCUCUGCCCAACCUUAUAGGGGAACUAAUAAUUUUAACUUCUUUAUUUAACUGAUCCUACUGAACACUGAUUUUAACCGGGGCUGGAGCUUUAAUUACUGCUAGCUACUCACUCCAUAUGUUCUUAACUACACAACGAGGCCCCAUCACAACACCACUUGCAGCUAUUGAACCAACCUACACACGAGAGCACCUCCUUUUAACCCUUCACCUCAUCCCUUUGCUCCUACUAAUCCUUAAGCCUGAGUUGAUUUGAGGCUGAACAACUU